CUGGCCUGGCAACCCUAGGUGAAUCGAUUGUAAUUUGUAUUGAUUUUUCAACGCUCCGAGAACUUAAAAUUCGUGCCUGUGCCUGUUGCUAGAGCAACGGUACUCCAAAUCAAUUCGCUGGCAAGCCCACACCGCUCCACCUGCAGCACCAUAGGUCUCGCCGAGACGGCUGUCCUAGACCUGAUGGCUGCCACUUUGCAACAGCAGCGGUCCAUCAAUUCGCAACUACGUCGCGAGAUGGGAAUAGAGCGCAUUCAGGUCUCUGAGGCCUGUACGCUGAUGAUGAAGUACAUUUUGGAGCACGAGGCGGACGACUCGCUACUGAGCGGAUUCAACAGUCAAAAGUUGAAUCCGUUCCGCGAGAAGAGCUCGUGCAGCAUCCUAUAAGUGGAGUUUUAAGUGCCGUGCCCCUCCCGACACAGUUUCGGUUCCUAACAACAGUAUUUAUUGAUAUACAUACUCUUAUACAGAGAAUUACUCAUAUAUGUACUAUCUAUUGUACUCAAAUAGACCCGCCGAAUGGCAGGGAAUAUGAAUAUGAAUAUGCAUGCAUGUGUGUGUACUAGUGUUAGUAUAUCCACCCAUUGAUGUUUGUUGUAAGUAUGCUGACCUCAAUUAUGUCUAUAAACUGAAUAUAUACAAUGUAUAGGGCAGAUAUUUAUGAAUGUGUAAACAUUCGGGAACCGUCUUGAACAAAAAUGCCUGCAUAUGUAUGUAUAGAUAUCGUGUAUUUUGCUAUCCUGUAGCUCUUUUUUGGAGAAAUACAUACAAUGCAUACAUACGUAUUUAUGAAUUAGCAGUUUACCAGAAGACACCAUCCGCCACACCAACCCACCCUCUAUGAAUGUUUCCUAUUGAGAUAUACGUCAAAUAAAUCUAUAU